GAAUUCCAAGCCUAGGCCCAGGUCAAGUCUUUCUCCUUCCUCGAGUUUAGUUGCAGUUGCAGUCACUUGUGUGCUCAACAUUUCACAAUCACAGAAGAGAAUGGAGUUUUCUCAAGAUGAUUUUGAGCGGUUACUGUUAUUCGAGCAUACGCGAAAGACCGCUGAAGCAAACUAUGCAGAGAAUCCUCUUGACGCUGAUAAUCUGACCAAGUGGGGAGGAGCUUUGAUCGAGUUGUCGGCAUUCCAAAAUCCUAGGGAUUCCAAGAAGAUGAUUGAAGAUGCCCUUUCAAAGCUGGAGGAAGCUUUGUUGAUCAAUCCAGCAAAGCAUGACACUCUUUGGUGCUUGGGAAAUGCCAACACGUCUUAUGCAUUUCUAACCCCUGAUAUCACUGAGGCAAAGGGUUAUUUUGACAAGGCACAUGAGUAUUUCCAGAAAGCUGUGGAUGAGGAUCCUGAGAAUGAGCUCUAUAGAAAAUCUUUGGAAGUUGCAGUUAAGGCCCCAGAACUACACAUGGAGAUCCACAAAAAUGGGCUUGGUCAGAUGGGUAGUGCAGGAUCCUCUUCUUCAAAAGGAAAGGAAUCUAAAAAGCAGACGAGCAAUGACCUUAAGUAUGAUAUAUUUGGAUGGAUUAUUCUUGCAGUAGGUAUAGUAGUAUGGGUGGGAAUGGCCAAAUCUAAUAUUCCACCGCCACCUCCCAGAUAAGCAUGUUAAGUUGUUUCUUUAAUGUAUCAUGACGAAAGUAAUUGAUGACUGGUUAUUCACUUUAGAUUGGAAGUUGCGAAUUAGGUAUUGCAUUUGUGUUUUCGGCAUACCGACAUUAUUAUUCAUGGCUUUCUUUACCGUUUAUAAGAUUAAUUUUUAAGAAUUAUCUGUUUAAAAUCGACUUGCCGUAGCCGUUGCUGGUCUGUAUUGUAUGACUUUAGCCUCUGAAAUGAUUUUUGGGCGGCAUUGUUUCUUCGUAUCUGAUUGACGGAGUUGC